AUGAAUCACAGAAAUGAAUGGAUCAUUAUCGGUAUAUCAGGCGUUACCUGCGGUGGCAAAACAUCUCUAGCGAAUCAGUUGAAUAUGAAACUAUCACCGGUAUACACAUUCCACCAAGAUAAAUACUUCUACCCUGACGACAGCCCACAUCAUAUCAAGUGUGAGAACUUAGAUCACAACAACUAUGAUAUUCUGUCAGCUCUGGAUAUGGAGACUAUGUACAAAGACAUAUGUGCGACCAUAGAGGGGACCGAUAAGUCUCAUUACUCGAGUACCCACGAUGGAGAGCACAUAUUCAAGAUACCAAACAAGAAGUUCUUGGUUAUCGAAGGGUUCACAGUUUUGAAUUAUGAACCUAUUAUGAAGUUGUGUAACCUGAGCUACUACUUCGUGCUGGAGUACGGCGAGUGCUUUGCGCGGCGCUGCCUGCGCGUGUACGAGCCGCCCGACGUGCCCGGCUACUUCGAGCUGUGCGUGUGGCCCGAGCACCUCCGGUACCGCCAGGCGAUAGAGAAAAACCCCCGUGUAACGAUCCUGGACGGCAAAACCCCAAAUUCUCUCGACAUAGUCAUGGACAACCUCAAAACAAUAAUGGAACAGAAAACUUAA